CAGUAAUGACGCAUUUGUUUUGACAUUUGUAAUUUAAGUCCAAAAUACUUGAGACUUUGUAUUUGUUGAAUUUUUGUUUAAUUGUUUGGGAAGAAGAGCAAUAAAUAUGAAUAGAUUAUUUGGAAAAUCUAAGCCGAAAGAACCUCCACCGAAUUUGACAGACUGCAUAGCAGGAGUCGAUGGAAGAGCUGAAGGCAUAGAAAAGAAAAUAGCAAAGCUUGAUGCCGAACUACGCAAAUAUAAAGACCAAAUAGUUAAAAUGCGCGAAGGACCUGCAAAAAAUGCUGUAAAGCAAAAAGCCAUGAGAGUUUUAAAGCAAAAGAAAAUGUAUGAGCAACAAGCUGAAAAUUUGCAUAACCAAUCUUUCAAUAUGGAACAAGCUAACUAUGCAGCGCAAAUGUUGAAAGACACACAAUCUACAGUUGUAGCCAUGAAAGAUGGAAUGAAACAAAUGAAGCAUGAAUUUAAAAAGAUUAAUAUAGAUGAGAUUGAGGAUAUACAGGAUGACAUGGCCGAUAUGUUAGAACAAGCUGAUGAGGUACAAGAAGCUCUUGGUCGUACAUAUGGUAUGCCUGAUAUUGAUGAUGAUGAACUUGCUGCUGAAUUAGACGCUCUUGGUGAUGAAAUAGCUUUGGAUGACGAUACUAGUUAUCUAGAUGAUGUUGUGAAAGCACCAGCAGCACCAGAUAAGGAACCUGGAGCUGACAGCAUUCGAAAUAAGGAUGGUAUUCUGGUUGAUGAGUUUGGCUUGCCUCAAAUACCUUCUACUUUAAAAACUUCAUGAAUGUAUAGCAACUUAUUAAAUUAUUAUAUAACAUGCAAAGCAUCAACAUAUUACAAAUUGCACAGUGGCUUAACAGCUUUGUAUUAACAUUAGUACUAUAUUAAACAAUGCUUUUUGAAUGACAUUUAUUAUGUAAAUUUUUAAUAUAUCUUUUCUAUUUGUGAUGACUAAGUUAGUUAUAUUUUAAAAUUUUUGAAAAGUUUUAAAAUUAUAUUUUUUG